GGAGAGGGGAGGAGUUGUUAUAAUGGAAACUUAGAAUCUACUUUUCCAUACCAACGAAAAUAGUUUCACAAUGGCGGACAGAUCAGUUCAGGAACCAUCUUCAGAUCAGACAGAAAAAAAAGUGGCUAUACCAUCAGUACCUGUCCCUAAUAGUAAUGCACGACCAAAAAAAGCCCCUGAACUUCCUGUAUUUGAAAGAAGAAAUUGGUUGAUUCAUCUUCAUUAUGUCAGAAAAGAAUUUGAUACCUGCAAGGCUCUCAUUCGCGAGCAGCUCUCAGAAGCUGGAGGCAUGUGUGAAUAUGCUGUCUAUGUUCAAGGGUUAAUUUUGAGACAAGAAGGCAAGAUACAAGAAUCUCUUGAUCUUUUCCAGACUUGUACAGUCCUUAAUAUGCAAAACCCAGAAAAUCUAAAACAGGUUGCACGGUCAUUAUUUUUAUUGGCAAGACAUAAAGCUGCCAUUGAUGUUUACAAUCAAGCUGCUACCAUCAGUGAAAAAGACUGGGAAAUAUUCCAUAACUUGGGAGUUUGUUACAUGUACUUGAGGGACUAUACAAAGGCAAAGGACUGUCUAAAGCAAGCAUUGAGUCUUCGUCGCCAUGAAGUCACCUAUGUGGUGUUGGGUAAAAUCUAUCUCCUGGAGAGAGAUAUCAAUGCUGCUAUAGACAUCUACAGGAGUGCUGUGGAGUACUCACCUGAGAACCCAGACCUUCUCACUACUCUAGGACUGCUUUAUAUGCAAGUCAAUCAAUUUCAAAAAGCUUUUGAAAAUCUCGGUAAUGCCAUGGCCUUCAAUCCUAGUCAUACAAAGGCUAUAAUGGCUGCAGGCAGCAUGAUGCAAAACCAUGCCGACUAUGAUGUUGCCAUCACAAAGUACCGAAUAGCUGCAGCCACUAUUCCUGAGUCACCUCCCUUGUGGAACAAUAUUGGAAUGUGUUUCUUUGGCAAGAAGAAGUUUGUUGCUGCUAUCAGCUGUUUAAAGAGAGCCAAUUAUUUAGCUCCAUUCGACUGGAAGAUUUUGUACAACCUUGGCCUGGUUCAUCUCACAAUGCAGCAGUACGCUUCAUCAUUCCAUUUCAUCUCGGCUGCAAUAAACUUGAAGUCAGACAUGGCUCAACUGUACAUGCUCCUGGCUGUUUCACUGAGCCACUUGGAGGACCCAGAAGAUGCUGCCCAGUCAUAUGAGCAUGCUCUGAAACUAGACAAUAAAGAUCCCUCUAUUCUCAUCAACUACACUGUAUUUCUGUUCAACACUGGGGACAGGCGUAAAGCCAGCCAUUACCUGGCUCAGUAUGAAACUACAGUGGCAAUUUUAAGAAGCACAGGAAAAGAUGUUGAUCAAGAUUUGGCAGAGUUGGCAGCCAAGUUGGGUCCUGCCAUCCAAGUUGGGAGACCCCUCACAGAACCCUCUCCUGCAACAGUACAGCCUUCUGCUCCAGCAGAAGAUUAUGUGUACAGUACAGUGAAUAAACAAAGACUCUACACUGAUACUUCUUACAGUGCUACAAAUACAGAGGAUUCAGGUCAGAGGUCGCAACAGAAAAUAAAGCCAUCUCUACCCUAUGAAGAAGAGCCAGAUGUGAUGAGUGAGUCAUCAUUAAUGCAGUCCACACAAGAGAUUAGUCCAGACACAGAGUUGUACCCAACUUCAAAGUUAAAUAUGUACAAAAAUGAAAUAAGGGAAUCUGAGUCCAGUCAUUCUUUGUCAGAAAUACACCCAAGAAAACUGGUAAGCAUUGACCAGGCUCCACUGCCACCAACACACCUGCCUGAAGAUGAUGACAUACCAGAAGAAUUGGAGAGUGCAGCUAGAAGAAACCACAGAGGCAAACUACCACCACUUGCCAGUUAGGUUUAAUAUACCAGUUUUGUUGUUCUUUUUGCCCCAAGUAGGCAUAGCUGUCAUUGAAUAGGAUUGUUGACUACUUCCUGGCAGGAACUACACCUUUGAUUGCAUAGAUCUAUCUAUGAAGAUAAGGUUGAUCAAAUCAACUCUAUUUAUAUGUAUUUCUCUUUAUGUUGUUGGAUAAUAAGAUCUGAAGUAAUUCUUUAAUUUCAUAUAUCACUUGAAAUCUAUUCUUUGAUUUCAUACAUCAUAAUUUAGUAUAGAUAUUUAAAAAGUUUAAAUUUGAAAUAAUAUUGAUUGUAAGGAAAUGAUCUCCAAAGAAGAAAGUUCAAUGUUAAUAAAGGAUCCACGUGUCCUUCUAGUUUGAUAUAUAUAUAUAUAUAUAUAUAUAUAAUAAAAGUACUAUUCAAAUGUAUGUCUUUGUAAAAAGAUUUUUUUAAACAGAUAGUCCUUAUCUCUAUGUAGUGUUCUCCUUGCAAUGUGCAUAUUGAUUCUUGUUUAGUAGGUUUCUGUCACGGCUUUAAUUUGAUAUUUAGUUUGAAAUUAUCCACUAUUAGUUUGAACAUGAUUUUAAACAAAAUAGCUUUGCAAGAUAAAAUGUUUAAUUCAGAGAUUAAUAAGUAAAUGAGAAUAAAUAUAUACAUUUUAUCUACACUUUGCUAGUAAUUCUAGAGAAGAUAUUUUUAUUCCCAUUUUCGUUUUUUGCAUUAAUUUUCUAGAUGUAUACAAAUUUGACAAACUGUGAUUGAAAAAAGUUUUUAAUUUUAAAUUUUUCUAUUUAUGACUACCUGGUUGUGAAAUUUGUGCUUGAACUGUCACUUCAAUGUUCCUGGGUUUGAAAAUAAUCUUCAUUUAGUAAGGAAAGUCUGAGACAUAAAAAAAAUUGAAACAAGUUGAAACAUUUGUUAAAAAAUUGAGAUCAAGACUUGUUGAAUGAGGCUAUAAGAAAUGUAUGUAUGUAUGAUAUUUUCUGUAUGCAUGAUAGCAUGUGAGCUUUUGAAAAUUUUCUUUCAGUGUUAGAGAGUUUCUUAAAGAAGUUUGCUAGUCAACAUUUAUUUUGAAGGCACUUUAUUUUGUUCAUUAAUCAAUAAAUAAUUAGUUAGAAAGAAGUCAACAAAUAGCCUACCACAGAAGUCAACAAACAGCCUACCACAGAAGUCAACAAACAGCCUACCACAGAAGUAAACAAACAGCCUACCACAGAAGUCAACAAACAGCCUACCACAGAAGUAAACAAACAGCCUACCACAGAAGUCAACAAACAGCCUACACUGUAUGCUGGAGUUUCUUUUCAUCCUCUUCAUUGUACUCCAUGAGAGUGAGGCCUUACAGGCUCAAGUCCUCUCUUCCUCUCUAAAAACCUUGCUACUGUGCAGACAGGACAAUCUUUUCCUGCACUAGCCUAUAAAAGCUUGUUCAGACCUAGUGUGGAGGCCAGUUUGGACACUUUUUAUGCACCCAGACUGUGUUGUUUUUUUUGGAACUUAUCCCAGAGCUGAAACCAUUUCCAUGUCUAUCCUUUUGUUUGUUGCUGCACCAUGAUAAAAAGAUCACAGCUGCUCCAUGGGUGAUGUUAGCUCUCCCAGAAACGCCAGAUAGUCUGCAUCAGUUUUGCCACUAAAACCUAUUUAAGUAACCACUACAUUCAUCAUCAUCAAACUCCAUUUGAGUGAGGGCUCGAGAGGCUUAAAUCCUCUCUUGCAAAAGCCCUGGACAGAAACCCUGCUGUCUUGCGUAGUGCAUACACGUCACGCCCACUACAGUAGAUUUUUAUUAUGAUUUAAUAUUUUAGUUCUAUUCUUUUUGUACUACAAAAAUACUUAAUGUUAAUUAAUAGAUUUAUCUAUGUUGCAACCAUUGUUUUAAUUAUGGAUUUUUAUAAUCUACAGAUGAAAAUCUUUGUGUUAUGUGUAGUUAUUUUUAUUAUAUUAUUAGCUUUGAAACCGUCCAUUUCUUGAUGCUUUUAGAAAUACGAUCAAAUUAUUUAUUUGUUAUUGAUUAAUUGGCUUUUGUACAAAUCAAAUUUAAAAAAUGAAAUAUGUGUUGCCUCCCCUUAUUUUGCUGGGUUAGUUUAAGCAAUGUUUUACAUAGCUAGAACUCUAAGACUUGUCAUCUUAAAUAUAUUUAAAAACAAUACAGCAAAGAAAAUUAUCUAUGCACGCCAAGGCAGAGAGGACAACCAAUAACUAUACUAAUGGUCUGUUGUAAAUUUCACCAAAAAACGUCUGUGUGGUCCUAUCCCACAAACAGGGCCGGCCUUAAGAAUUGCGGGCACAAUUUAAUGGAUGCUUGCGAGGCCCCUCUUCUAAUUUUUUUUUUUACAAUAACAAUUAUUACUAUUAAUUAGAUCAUGACAUCAACAAUUAUUAUAAGUCAUGCACAGGAAGCAACUCCAUCGCAAUAGGUACCUGUGGGUUAAAGUUACGUCAAUCAUACUAUAGGCCUACACUAAAUAUGUUAACCCUUUAGAUCUUACAUCUUUAAAAGCCCGCGGCAAGUGCCAUGACUGAUGGUGAUAUGCUUAAUGUAAAAUGCAGGGCCCUGACAGGCGCGGGGCCCAAUUGGAGCAAUCUGCCUAAGGGCCGGCCCUGCCCGAAAAAGAGUUAAGUCUGUUAUCAAUAGUCAUGUAAUCGGGUCAGGAAGUGUUGCUGUGUUACAUUUGGAUUUCUUAAUUGACUCUUUGUUUCUAUUGCUUGAAUAAAGAAAUGCAUAACUUAAA